ACGUCAGCGACCCGGUCCCCGCCGCCGCCGCAUCCUCUGCGCCCGCCAGGAGCCGGCGUCCCCCGCGCUCCUCGCGCCCGGCCUGGCCAUGGCUUUGGUCGCGUUGAUGGCGCUCCUGCUGCUGCUGCUGCUGCAGCCUCCGCCCGCCACUCCCGCGCCGCCCGCCCGCGACCCCUUCGCCCCGCAGCUCGGGGACACGCAGAGCUGCCAGCUGCGGUGCCGCGACCGCUACCCUGGUCCGCAGCCCUCGCAGGCCGAGCUGGAGGAGGAGGAGGAGGAGGAGGAGGAGGAGGACCCCUCGGAGUCCCCGAAUGAGGAUGACAAGGCCGUGCUGAUCAGCGCUUGCGAGCGCGGCUGCCGCCUCUUCUCCAUCUGCCGGUUUGUGGCCAGGAGCUCCAAGCCCAAUGCCACCCAGGCGGAGUGUGAAGCAGCCUGCGUGGAGGCCUAUGUGAAGGAGAUGGAGCAGCAGGCCUGCAGUGAGGGCUGCUGGAGCCCGAGCCCCGAGCCCGAGCCUGAGCCCGAGCAGAAGAGAAAGGUCCUGGAAGCUCCAAGCGGGGCCCUCUCGCUUCUGGACUUGUUGUCCACCCUCUGCAAUGACCUUGUCAACUCAGCCCAGGGCUUCGUCUCCUCCACUUGGACAUACUACCUGCAGACUGACAAUGGGAAGGUGGUGGUGUUCCAGACCCAGCCUGUGGUAGAGAGCCUGGGGCAUGAGGGGGCCCAUCUGCAGCGAGUGGAGGUGACCUGGCGGGGAUCUCACCCUGAGGCCUUGGAGGUGCAUGUGGAUCCUGUAGGUCCCUUGGACAAGGUGAGGAAGGCGAAGAUCCGAGUUAAGACCAGCGGCAAGGCCAAGGUGGAUUCUGCUGAGCUGCAGGACAAUGACUUCCUCAGUUGCAUGUCCCGGCGCUCGGGGCUUCCUCGCUGGAUCCUGGCCUGCUGCUUCUUCCUCUCGGUGCUGGUGAUGCUGUGGCUGAGCUGCUCUACCCUGGUGACUGCGCCUGGCCAGCACCUCAAGUUCCAGCCCCUGACCCUGGAGCAGCACAAGGGCUUCAUCGUGGAGCCAGACUGGCCCCUGUACCCUCCCCCAUCGCACGCCUUUGGGGACAGCCCCCCACCCUACAGGCUGAAGCUGGACCUGACCAAGCUGUAGGCCUCCGGCUGCCGGGCACUGCCAAGCGCAGGGGCUCCUCGGGUCCCCCUUGCCCUGCACUCAGGAGUCCAGGCCAGGGGGCGACCACUCUUGGGCUCCCCUACCCCCAAAUCCUUCUCUCUGCAGGCCCGCCCCUCCCCCCUGGGUCCUGGGGUCGCUAGGGGGGAUCUGGCCUUGGUUCCUCCCUGCCCCCUCCUCAGAGCGUGCUCUUUCUGGCUUCUAUUGUGCAGCUUCUUGAGUAUUGAGCCCCACUUUCCUCCUCCCUCCUCUCUCCCCUCUCUGGGGGGGCUGAGGCCUCAGGGAAGCCGCCUUGUGCUAGGGCUCCCUGCUUUUCCCCACCCCACCUCUGGAGAUCCCAGCCUAGGAGAGGAGGUCCCCGUGAGCGGAGGCGGUGGGCAGCGCUGAGGCUGGGGCUGCAGCUGGGGGGUUGGGAGGAAUAAACGGUGUAUAUAAAAG